UUAUUUGUAAACACGCGCAUCAAUGCGCAUCGCCUCGUAAGAUGGACGCGUACGAGUCACGUAAAAGAGAUUGGGAAGAUUUGGACGUUACUAAGGAAGAGUUAAAAAAUAUAACGGAGUGCUUGAAAAAGGAGGAAUUUCGUAAAUUACUUAUCGAAUACGCGGAAGAAGUGACCGAUCCAGAAAAUCGUAAGAUUUAUGAAAAAGAAAUCGCUCAAUUGGAAAAGGAACGGGGCGUCGACGUCACGUUCGUUAACCCCCAGCCUGGUUACGUCAUAAAAACUAGUGUCAACGGAGAGAAGAAAUGUUUUUUAAAUAUUAGUAAAAGUGACAUUGUCGCACGACCUACGAGUCAUCCUUCCUACGAGGAUGGUCACCGUGGUUUACAAUGGUCAAUUCCUUAUACCCUGAUACCUCCUCGCGAUGACCUUGAUAAAAAGAACGUUCGUUGCUUGGUUUUCGAUGUUGUGUUUCAUCCUGACACGAUUUACCUCGCAUCGAAGAAUACUAGAUUCCGUGACAUCGUUAAUAACACUGCGAUGGAUGGUGUAGAGAGUAAUUUUAAGGUAAAGCUCGAUAGGAAGAAUCUUAAAUUUCCUAAAAUGAACUUCAAGGGCAUCUCUCAUCCAAGCGUGAUUAGGAAACAGUCGAAAGAAUCGCCCAAAGAGUCGUUAGAUAUGGACCCGGAAAUUUAUCAGAAACUAAUGUCCAGUUACGAUGAGAGUCGUGAGCAACAUUUUAAAUACAAAGAGGAGAAGCCAAAACGCGCAGCACCUGAAACUAUUUAUUAUAAGAACAAUGAUUCUAAAUUAGAAACAGAAACCCAGGAAUAUGUCGCUCCAAAAUUCAUGAUAAAACAUCAAACGGAUAUUGACAUGGAAGAUUUUGUUGACAGUAGAGACGCAAAGAUGUAUGCAACUAUUCCUAAAAAAUUAGUUAUCGUUAUAGAUUUGCCUUUAUUAGGAAAGGCAACUGAUGCUAUGCUAGAUAUCCAAGAACGCUCUCUUUACUUGAAGAGCGAAAAACCAGCCAAGUAUUUCUUACAAUUACCUCUGCCAUAUAGCGUUGAUGGAGAUCAUGGUAAUGCCAAGUUUGAUCCUAAAUAUAAAAAAUUAACAGUAGUAUUACCAGUCAUUCGUAAAUCAGUGAUGUUAGAAGAAACACAGAAAGAAGAUAGUGAUGUGGAUAGUGAUAGCAAUAGCUUUGUACCUGUUGUAUCCAACGAAUUAAGUGAAAAUUUAUUUACCAUGGAGCCAACUAUGAGUGAUUCCCUUUCAAAUUUAGUGCUAGAAGAAAAAACUAUUCCAAUGGAUUCAACAACUAUAUCAACAAAUGCCAGUGAAACUCCAGAUGACAAUGUGUUGCGGACUACUACUAAUUCACUAGAAACUACAGUGCCCUUUAUGAAUGCUGAUAUAAAAUAUACACUGCCAUCAUUUGCCUGUAAUAUGUAUGACAAUCAAAUAGCUUUUACAGUCAAUGUUAAGAAUGUUGACCCAGAUUCCAUACAACAUAGAAUCUUAGAAAAUAACAUAGGAAUACAUAUUUUACUUGCUUCAGUGGGUGCAGGAUUUUUUCCACAGCACUAUUCUUUAUGUUUUAAGUUAGAAGAAUGUUCUAUAGAACAAGAUUCGCUUGUCAUUGAACCAUGGGAUAAUAAUCUUGUAUUUAGUAUUAAGUUAAAUAAUUCUGAUAAUGUAUCUCAUUAUUUUGUUGGUGUUAAUGAAGAGUUCAUGGAAAGGAAAGAAUUGUCAGGCACCUUGUCAUUCAAAAAUAGAUUAAAGGAGCUAAUGGAUACAGAGGAGAAAGAUACUGAGGUUCCAGUAGACGUCGAUGUUCAAAAAGAAGAUAGAUCUGUCAUCAUAAAUAUUCGCUCGAAUCAGUUGGAUUCUGAUGACGAGCAUGAAGAAGAUGAACAGCAUAAUGUGAGUCAAAAUAGGAAAGGUAUAAUAAAGUCAAGAUCGAUUUCGGAAAGUAGCGGAGACGAAUUACCAAGUAGUAGUGGUAGUAUGUCGAAAGGGAUAUUGAAAUCGCAUCGUACUCAUGAUUUUUCACGUUCUGUAUCUGAAUCGAGUGCAGACGAAAAUGGUGUAGCUAUUUCUUCUGCAGAUUUUUCAUGCAGUUCAAUUCACGACCCUCAAUCGGAGUCAGAGUGCUGUAGUCUGAAAAAGACUGUACGAUUUAACAACGUUGUAUCUCGACAAUUAUUCAGAUCUAACUCUAGCAUUCUUGGUCAACGAAAGAAGAAUCAACGUAAAUUGCGAAACAAGAAACGCGCUCACGAACGUAAAUUAAGCGAAAGCGAAAAUUCUGAAACGGAAGAACGUGAUAAGUAUAAGAUUACUCCGAAAGCAACACCAGAAACAGAAAUUUCUGAAAAUGUGAAAUCCAUUUUGAGUCGUGAAAAACAUUCGGGUAAACAGAAAUCGGCUUAUAUUAAAAUUAAGAAAUUGAAAAAAUCUAAAAAAAUACUUUCGGGAAAACGUAAAAGUAGCAUCGAAGAGGAAAGCACAGAAGACACGAACGAAACAGCGGUUAAAAAUUCAGAUCAAGCUGAAUUCAAAAAUGACUUAAUAUUCGAUCUUGAUAUAUAAGUCACACACGAACGCACACAUCGAGAGAAAAAAGAGAGAGUGAGAGAGAGGUAACAUGUGUGAUAAAUUUCCACUUUUAAACAAAUGAUAGAAAUACGUUGUUCGUAAUAUUAUAACGAUUGCAAUAGCAAUCGAUUCGUCACUAAAUGUUUUUUAAAAAUGUUUCCAAAAAUCCACAUUAAAUGUGAUAAAAUUUUUUAAUAUUCUAAGUCUAAAAAAGUAUUAUAAUAAAAACAAUGGUUGCGUGAAAAUUAUUAAGAAAUAUCUGCUCUAAUGUAGACUUUAAAGUCUAGUACUGUACUAGUACUUUAAAGUUUAAGAUUGCUAUUGAAACGCGAUAAUAUGUGAUUGAAAAGAUUUUGUUAUGAUUAUAUUUUAUUAUAUAUUACAUCUUAUGCUUUGUUUACUGAAAGAUAA